AUGGACUCUACUGCAACCACCACCAUGAGUCUAAGAGCCACCUCAUCAUCUUCUUCCUCCUCCUCCUCUUCCUUCUUCUCCAUCCCCCCAACUCAAAAGCCCAACUCUUUACCUUUCAAGCUCCGAACUUUCCGCUUCAGGCGGCACCAAUCCCUAAAAUGCAUCCAAUCCCCACCGUCCGAUCCCACCCCCAAAAACCCUACCUUCUCCUGCUCCGCCGCCACCCUCUCCCCCUCCCCCACCUCCUCCGCCGCCGACGACCUCGCUCCCUCCAAGCUCCGCCGCCUCGCAUCCGAAUUCCACUCCCUCACCGAGCCCCUCGACCGCGUCAAGCGCCUCCUCCACUACGCCGCCCUCCUCCCGCCGCUCCCUGAUUCGGGUCGGGUCGACGCCAACCGGGUCAUGGGAUGCACGGCCCAGGUCUGGCUCGACGCCAAGAUGGAUCACGACGGCAAGAUGCGGUUCGCCGCCGACAGCGACUCCGAGAUCACUCGAGGGUUCUGCUCGUGUCUGGUGUCUGUUCUCGACGGGGCGGCGCCGGAGGAGGUUCUGGCGGUCAAGACCGAUGACCUGGCGGCGCUUAAUGUUGGGUUGCCUGGUGCGCAGAGGUCUAGGGUUAACACGUGGCAUAAUGUGUUGGUCAGUAUUCACAAAAAGACUAAGGCUUUGGUGGCUGAGCUACAGGGGACGCCGCCGUUCGAGCCGUUCCCGUCUCUGGUGAUCACCGCCGAUGGGAUUCAGGCCAAAGGUAGCUACGCCGAAACCCAGGCGAGGUAUUUGUUUCCGGAUGAGGAUAAGGUUGAGGAGCUUGUUAAUGUGUUAAAGGAGAAGAAGAUUGGGGUGGUUGCUCAUUUUUACAUGGACCCUGAGGUUCAGGGUAUUUUGACUGCUGCGAAGAAGCAUUGGCCUCAUAUCCACAUUUCGGAUUCGUUGGUCAUGGCGGACUCGGCUUUGGAGAUGGCGAAAGAUGGAUGCGAGUUUAUUACAGUUUUGGGGGUUGAUUUUAUGUCAGAGAAUGUCAGGGCGAUCCUUGAUCAGGCAGGCUUUCAAAAGGUCGGUGUAUACAGAAUGUCAAGUGAACGAAUUAGUUGUUCUUUGGCAGAUGCUGCGUCUUCGCCUUCUUAUAUGAGUUACCUUGAGAAUGCUUCUAGGUCACCUCAGUCAUUGCAUGUUGUCUACAUUAAUACGUCACUGGAGACAAAAGCUUAUGCACAUGAGAUUGUGCCAACAAUUACCUGUACUUCUUCAAAUGUUGUCCAAACCAUUCUUCAGGCUUUUUCUCAAGUGCUAGAUUUAAAUGUAUGGUAUGGUCCGGACUCUUACAUGGGUGCAAAUAUUAGAGUAUUGCUUGAGCAAAUGACAAAGAUGACAGAUGAAGAAAUUGCUGAGAUACAUCCAGCACACAAUAGAGACUCAAUCAGAUCUCUGCUACCUCGCCUGCAUUAUUAUCAGGAUGGGACAUGCAUAGUGCAUCAUUUAUUUGGAAAUGAGGUUGUGAAUAGGAUAAAUGAAAUGUAUUGUGAUGCAUUUCUAACUGCUCAUUUUGAGGUCCCUGGAGAAAUGUUUGCUUUGGCAAUGGAAGCAAAGAGAAGAGGAAUGGGAGUUGUGGGGUCUACCCAAAACAUUCUAGAUUUCAUAAAGCAAAAGGUUCAAGACGCUUUAGAUAGAAAUAUCAAUGACCACCUUCAGUUUGUGUUAGGGACGGAAUCUGGAAUGGUUACUUCAAUUGUUGCAUUAGUUCGCAAUUUGUUAGGUUCUGCAAAGUCAGGGGGAGCAAAGAUCAAUGUUGAAAUUGUAUUUCCAGUUUCAUCAGAUUCAAUGACAAGCACAUCAACCAAUUCUUCUUCAGGCCUCAGCCCUGUUAAGAUGGGUGAUGUCAUACUGCCUGUUAUACCUGGAGUGGCUAGUGGGGAGGGGUGUUCUAUUAAUGGAGGGUGUGCAUCCUGUCCAUACAUGAAGAUGAAUUCUCUCAGCUCCCUCCUGAAGGUUUGUCACCACCUACCUGAUGAGACUGACACUGCCAUUUCCGCAUAUGAAGCUGCACGAUUCAAGCUGCAAACUCCCAAUGGAAAAUCAGUUGCGGAUGUCGGAUGUGAACCAAUUCUGCACAUGAGGCACUUCCAGGCCUCUAAAAAACUUCCAGAGAAGCUUGUUUUCCAAAUCUGUAAUCCGUCCACAAAUGGGAAGUCGUCAAUAAGCUGAGUGAGAGCAGAUUCUGAGUCUGAGAACGGCUUCCAUCAAGCAAAGUUUUCAUUGCCAGAAAUGUUGUGCCUCCUAUUCCACUCUGUCACAGGAGCUUGUGGCUAUCCGGUUUGAUUACUCACAGUGUCACAGUUUAGUUCAGUGUUUUGCUUCCGAACUUGGACAGGGAAGAAACUACAAACUAGAAUUGGUCAUAGUUUGGUGCUUAGAUCCAUAUAGGACUUGAAGUUAUAAUAACAGUGAUAUUUACAUUCAAACUACACAGAGUUGUCAGAACAUUGUAAUUCUUUAGUCUUUCGCAACGAGAUUCCUCUUUGGGGUCAAUGCUGUACAAGCUAUAUUGUCAUUCUUCUUCACAACCCAAUUCACGAGUAUUUUACGGUUAACAUAUAAUAUAUGAACUUUUCCUCUUUAU